AUGUCAGUCCCCUCUACGCGUGGAGUUAGUUUCUCUGUAUCUUUGUCAUCUGCCACACCUAAGCUUGGAACAAAACAGACGGUGAUAUAUGACGAGGUUUUGACAAAUGAUGGCGACGGAUAUGACGACCGAACAGGAGUGUUCGAGUGUCCAGUGACAGGGACCUAUAUGUUUGUUGUCGAUUCCUUGUCGAAAGGUACUAUUACGCUGGGAAUCAAAGUGAAUAAGGAGUAUGUGGUAUUUAUGCACCGCUCUGGACAUGAACACUACAUACAGAUAAGCAGGACGGUGAUUGUGAAACUAAAUAAGGGUGAUCACGUGAAAGUUGAUAGUAUAUAUAUGUAUGGGUAUGUUCAUCCGUAUAACUAUUCCGGAUUUACUGGAACAUUGUUGUACUGA